GCCCCAGCAUGGCCGUGGACGGCGCGACCAUCACCAGCCGCAUCCGCAACCUGCUGCGCUCCCCGUCCAUCAAGCUGCGCCGCAGCAAGGCCGGGGCCCGCCGCGAGGACCUCGGCUCCAAGGUGACUUUGGAGAAAGUGCUUGGAAUAACAGUGUCUGGAGGCAGAGGACUGGCCUGUGACCCUCGCUCUGGGUUAGUCGCCUACCCAGCAGGGUGCGUGGUUGUGCUGUUCAAUCCCAGGAAACAUAAGCAGCACCACAUUCUCAACAGCUCCCGGAAGACCAUUACUGCCCUCGCCUUUUCCCCUGAUGGCAAGUACUUGGUCACUGGAGAGAGUGGGCACAUGCCAGCUGUGCGUGUAUGGGAUGUGGCCGAGCAUAGCCAGGUGGCAGAGCUGCAGGAGCAUAAGUAUGGGGUGGCCUGCGUUGCCUUCUCCCCAAGUGCCAAGUACAUUGUCUCCGUGGGUUACCAGCAUGACAUGAUCGUCAACGUGUGGUCUUGGAAGAAAAACAUUGUGGUGGCCUCCAAUAAGGUGUCUAGCCGGGUGACAGCCGUGUCCUUUUCUGAAGAUUGCAGCUACUUUGUCACUGCAGGCAACCGGCACAUCAAAUUCUGGUACCUUGAUGACAGCAAGACCUCAAAGGUGAACACCACCGUGCCACUGCUGGGCCGCUCAGGGCUGCUGGGUGAGCUGCGCAACAACCUGUUCACGGAUGUGGCCUGUGGGCGCGGGAAAAAGGCCGACAGCACCUUCUGCAUCACGUCCUCGGGGCUGCUGUGCGAGUUUAGCGACCGCAGGCUGCUGGACAAGUGGGUGGAGCUGAGAAACACAGACAGCUUCACAACCACCGUAGCCCACUGCAUUUCUGUGAGCCAGGACUACAUCUUCUGCGGCUGUGCCGAUGGCACUGUACGCCUCUUCAACCCCUCCAACUUACACUUCCUCAGCACCCUGCCCCGGCCACAUGCCCUGGGCACGGACGUAGCCAGCAUCACAGAAGCCAGCCGUCUUUUCUCUAGCGUGAACAAUGCCAGGUACCCAGACACCAUCGCCUUGACGUUUGAUCCUACGAAUCAGUGGCUGUCUUGUGUUUACAAUGACCACAGCAUUUAUGUUUGGGAUGUGAGGGAUCCCAAGAAAGUGGGCAAGGUGUACUCAGCUCUGUAUCAUUCCUCCUGCGUCUGGAGUGUGGAGGUCUACCCUGAAGUGAAGGACAGUAACCAGGCCUGCCUGCCCCCCAGCUCCUUUAUUACCUGCUCCUCAGACAACACCAUCCGCCUCUGGAACACUGAAAGCUCUGGAGUCCAUGGAUCCACCUUGCACCGAAACAUCCUCAGCAAUGACCUCAUCAAGAUCAUCUACGUGGAUGGGAACACUCAGGCCUUGCUGGACACAGAGCUGCCGGGAGGAGACAAAGCUGACAGUUCCCUGAUGGAUCCCCGGGUGGGCAUCCGCUCUGUGUGUAUCAGCCCUAAUGGACAGCACCUUGCUUCAGGAGACCGAGUAGGCACACUCAGGGUGCAUGAGCUGCAGUCCUUAAGUGAGAUGUUGAAGGUGGAAGCCCAUGACUCAGAGAUCCUGUGCCUGGAGUACUCGAAGCCCGACACAGGUCUGAAGCUGCUGGCAUCUGCAAGCCGGGACCGGCUCAUCCAUGUGCUAGACGCAGGCCGUGAGUAUAGUUUACAGCAGACCCUGGACGAGCACUCGUCUUCCAUCACAGCUGUCAAGUUUGCAGCCAGUGAUGGGAAAGUGCGUAUGAUCAGCUGUGGGGCAGACAAGAGCAUCUACUUCCGCACCGCCCAGAAGUCUGGAGAUGGAGUACAAUUUACACGGACACACCAUGUUGUGCGGAAGACGACCCUCUAUGACAUGGAUGUGGAGCCCAGCUGGAAGUACACAGCCAUCGGCUGUCAGGAUCGGAAUAUUCGGAUCUUUAACAUCAGCAGCGGGAAGCAGAAGAAGCUGUUCAAAGGCUCCCAGGGAGAGGAUGGUACUCUCAUCAAGGUGCAGACAGACCCUUCAGGGAUCUACAUUGCCACCAGCUGCUCUGACAAAAACCUCUCCAUUUUUGACUUCUCCUCAGGCGAGUGUGUGGCUACCAUGUUCGGCCACUCAGAGAUUGUCACUGGCAUGAAGUUCAGUAAUGACUGCAGACAUCUCAUCUCUGUGUCAGGAGACAGCUGCAUAUUUGUGUGGCGCCUGAGCUCCGAGAUGACCAUCAGCAUGAGGCAACGUCUGGCUGAGCUGCGCCAGCGGCAGCGAGGGAACAAACCACCAGGACCAUCUUCUCCACAAAUGUCUGCUGGACCAAACCGACACGAGACCCCCUCCAUGCUUGCUCCUGGGCCAGCUCUCUCGUCCGACAGUGACAAAGAAGGAGAAGAUGAAGGUACCGAAGAAGAGGAGCUCCCCGCUCUACCUGUCCUUGCCAAGAACACCAAGAAGGAACCAGCCUUGCAGCCUGGCCCAGCCCUGCCCCGGAGCCUAUCGCACUGGGAGAUGAGUCGGGCCCAGGAGACUGAAGGGUUCCUGGACCCCACUCCCGAAGCCACCCAAGGACCCAGGAGGAGGGGGCGCUGGGCCCAGCCAGGCGCGAAGCUUAGUGUGCGCUCCAUGAUGGACCUGCGACAGCUGGAGACCAUGGCCCCCUUCACUCAGGGCCCUGGUCAGGACGCCAUAACCCAGUCUGCUCUAGGGAAGCCCCGCCCACAGGCACCUCAGCCCCGCCGUCCUGGCCAGGCUUCCCAGCCCUGCUCUUGCUCCCACAUCAUCCAGCUGUUGUCCCAAGAGGAAGGGGUCUUCGCACAAGACCUGGAGCCCGUGUCCACUGAGGAUGGCAUUGUCUACCCGGAGCCGAGUGACAACCCCAUGCUGGACACCAGUGAGUUCCAGGUACAGGCCCCAUCCCGAGGGAGCCUGGGAAGAGGCUACGUGGGUGGCCGGGGCUCGGAGAAGCACAGUCCUGACAGCGCCUGCUCCGUGGACUACAGCAACAGCUGCUUGUCCAGCCCUGAGCACCCCAACGAAGACUCGGAGAGCACGGAGCCCCUGAGUGUGGAUGGCAUUCCCUCAGACCUGGACGAGCCUGACGAAGAGGAAGAGGAGGGGGGCACUGGCCCCUUUGGGCUACAGGAAGGGAGCCCUCGGACCCCGGACCAGGAGCAGUUCCUGAAGCAGCACUUUGAGACCCUGGCUAAUGGGGCAGCUCCAGGGGGUCCCGCCCGGGGGCUGGAGAGGACUGAGUCUCGGAGCAUCUCCUCACGAUUCCUGCUGCAAGCACAGAGUCCCCCCAUCAGGCAACUGUCAUCCACCUCCUCGAACCAGCCAAGACCAGUGCACAUGCCACUGGCUUCCGGAGAGCUGCUGCGAAGCACCUGUGCCAAUCCUCCGGGGGCACCCCCAGAGGCGGAGCCCUGCCCUGGGAACCGCAGCCCCCAGCACACUGUCCCCGUGCUGUUGCCACGCCGUCGCCUCAGCCCCGACAGCAGCCGGACCACCAGGAAAGUGGUCACAGGCAACCCCUUAGGGGGCCUCCAGAAAGCCCAGUCUGUGCAAAACCUGGUGCCCCAGGAUGAAGCUCCUCCCCCAGGCCCCUCAUCUCAGGAGACAGCACCCCGGGACAGCUCAGCCCAACCCCACUCCUACCAGAACCCUACCACCAGCUCCAUGGCCAAGAUGGCCCGCAGCAUCUCUGUCGGGGAGAACCUGAGCCUGGCCUCUGAACCGCAAGCUCCUGCCCCUGCCCGAGCCUCUCCACUCACCAAGCUGGCCCUGCCCAGCCGGGCUCACCUGGUUCUGGAUAUCCCGAAGCCGCUGCCAGAUCGGCCUUCCCUGGCCACUUUCUCGCCUUCCACCCGGGCCCGGGCCACUGUGGAAGCAGGCCAGCAGGAGGGCGUGGGCAGGCCCCCCAGUACCACUGAGAGGCGAGCCUGGGUGGCGGAGGGUGCUGCACCCAAGCCCAGGACAGACUGCCAGCCUCAAGCUGCGCCCCACAGCCCCAGGAGCCAGCACCUCCCAGACAGCGGCCUCCUCCAAGGCCCUGAGAACUGGCAGGCCCCGCCCCCGGUGAAGACCACCAAGCCCUCAGAAGAUGCCCCAGAACCAGCAGUGAACCUGGAACAGUGUCAGCAGCUGGUGGCUGAGCUCCAGGGCAACAUGCGCCAGGCAGUGCGGCUCUACCACUCGGUGGCCGGCUGCAAGAAGCCGUCUGCGGAGCAAAGUCGCAUCACUCAGCUCCUCAGAAACACUUUCUCCUCCAUGAGGCAGGAGCUGGAGGCCCUGGCAGGGCCACUGCUGUGCAGUCCGGGCAUGAGCCCUGGGGUGGGGGCUGAGCAGACUCAGGCCCUGCUGGAACAGUAUUCAGAGCUGCUGCUGCGGGCGGUGGAGCGGCGCAUGGAGCGCAAACUCUGAGCUCCGAGACCUCCUCCGCUCCCCACCUGUGGGCAUCAGUGCUCAGAGGGGAAGCGACUGGCCCUCAGGAGCCCCUGUAUUUAUUAAUUUAUUUCCCUGACUGUCGCCUCACUUUUUUGACCACCUGCCUCCAUGGCCCCUUGGGGGCUCACGCAGAGGUGGUUUUGAGUUUUGUCACCUUGGUGCUGUGAGGAGGAGGACAGUCCUCUCUCCUUAGAAGCCAUUUGCUGUUACUGCAGGGAUCAGCUCCCAGCUGGAGCACACACAGGGUAUCAGUAGGGGAGGGGUCCACAGCCACUCCUCCCCGCUUCCGCCCCCUCCCACACCAGUUGCCAGUGUGGGUUGGUCCCUUGUCCCCAGCAGAGUGUCUCCCCCACCAAAGCAUUCCCAGUCAUCAGAAGGCUUGAAUUGUUGGCAAGUCCUGAGCCCCACAUUCCACUCCCAUUCCUGUCCCUGAGCGUCCUUAACCGAGCCAUCCUUAACCGUUGUCUCCCCUGCACCCCUCUACCCCCAGAGCUGUGGAGCCAGCCAGCAGGAGGGCAUUGCUGCGGGACAGCGAGCUCUCUGCUGGCAUACCUGAAGUCCUAGACCCCCUUUCCAUAAUCCCUUGGUCCUCCCUGUCCCCAGCU